AUGAAAAAAGGAAAAGGCAACGGCAACGGCAACGACAACGACAAAAGCAAAACGAACUCUACCAAUCCACUUUACCACAAUCACGAUCAGAACCAGAAUCAUCAACAACCCUACGACAAUGGAGUGCACAAUUUAAAUAGUCCAGCAGAUCUAAGGUACGCAGAACGAAUGCAGCAAAAUAUAGCAACUCCCACGGAUGAAUUUUCUACAUAUACUACUGAACAAGGCCCAAAAACAAUAACCUUGAAUAAGCUUUCCCGUAAAGAUCGCGAAGAAAGCGGACCACCUCCACGUCGACUGAACUUGGCUGGUGACUCUUUGACCCUGUUGCUGCUGCAACUGCAACUGCAACUGCAGCUACAACUGAAAAAUGCAAAAUCUAAACAUACUAACAAAUCAGUAUCAGUACCAACAUUAGAAAACAAUUUAGAUAUGAACGUGAGUGGUAUUGAAAAGCAAAGCUCUCAUCAACCCCAGGUAGGUAGCUCUUCACCAACCAAUUCUUCAAUUCCACGCUCAGUUGAAGUAUUUGUGGAACAAAGCUUAGCGCGUAUAUCAAGACUCAACCCAGAUAAUCAAUCAACUGCCAAAGAGCAAAUGGGGACAUUGUUACAAAUUGCAUAUAGAGAAGAACUUUUAUGGACCAACAAUUGGGCUGUGCAAAAAAUACCUGAGCUAGACGGUGGCGGGCCACUUGAGCUUGAAUGCCAAAAGCUGGGAACUGUUGGAGAACUGCAGAAGAACGAUCAAGAAUUGAACUUAGACCUACAAUCGAAACUGAAACUGAAACUGAAACUGAAACAGAAGCAGAGAAAAAAGCAAAUAGCGAUUACAAAGGAAGAUGAGUUUGCACAAUUUGACGGAGACCGAACAACAAAACUCAAUGCGCAGUAUGUGGUGGAUACUGCACCACUGGAGAGUUUCUAUCAACAGCAAUCGAAAAAUGCAUCUAUGUCUAAUUCUCCCACUUCUCCUACUUUCUUCGCUUCUGCCUCUGCUUCUGCUUCUGCUUCCGAUACUUCAUUAUCUCAGCCCAGCCGUUUAUCCUACGCGGCGGUAAAUGCAAAAAACAAGAGAGAUGAUGAUUUUAUUUCUCAAGAAAGAAAACGCCAGCGUCUUGAGCGCUUUGAAAAUGCCAACAAGGGUGCAACUUUUACUAACAAUACCAGUGUAUUCGCAAACUCGGACAGCAAUGGUGCAUUUGUUGGAACGUGUUUGGCACUUGAGAAGGAUUACUUGAGACUUACUUCAGCUCCGGAUCCAGCUAAAGUGAGACCGCAAUCAGUGUUGGAGCAAAGCAUUGGUUUUGUUAAAAACAAGUACAGUGAGAUGGAAUCGCCACAAAAGGCUUAUGACUAUAUCAAGAAUCAGUUAAAGUCCAUAAGACAGGACUUGACAGUACAGCAUAUCAAAAAUGAAUUUACUGUAUACAUUUAUGAACAGAAUGCUCGAUUCUCGAUCAAGCAUAACGAUUUGGGCGAAUUCAAUCAGUGUCAAACUCAACUAAAGUACCUUUAUCAUCUUCGACGAUCAUCCAACCACUUGCUUUCCAACAAAUUCAUUUCGCUGGAGGCUGAGAUGCUAUGUUACAAGAUUAUAUACAUGAUGAUUACAAAAAACAAUAGUGAGAUUUGUAAAUUGAAAACCAUGGUUUUGCGAGAGUACCAUAGUUACGAGGUCAAUGAAAAGGAUUCGGACCAUUUGAAGCUAGUUGCUACAUUGUUCACAUGCAACAAUCACAAACUACUUGAUAAUUGCUACCUGUUUUUCCAAGAAUUGUCGCAGUACAAGGAUCUAGAAACGACGCAGUUGGCAUUGCAUAUGAUUUCCAAUUUCCUUGAUGAUAAAGUAAGACUCUUGGCACUUGGCUCUAUUUGCGAAGCCUACCAAAAAGUUUCGUUAAAAUUUUUGACGCAGUUUCUAAUGUUUGCUGAAGAAGCUCAGUGUGAAGAAUAUUUGACGAAACUCAAGUUUGCACCGGUAUUUUUAAAUAAUGGGGAAUUUGAUGCCAGAGGUGCCAAGGGUACUGCGAGGGAGAAGAUUUCAUCGAGCCAGAAAGUAGAUAUCAAGGGGCAAAAAUAA